UUCUCUCUCUCCUGGAGAAUCAGAAACAACAUGAAGUGUCCAGCAAGCUUUUUACUCCUGCUCAGUUUCUGCACCGCGUCUGCAUUGAUGAUCCAUCCAGACUGUGAGCUGAUGUUGGAGAUCCAACUGGCUGAGGAGAUAUGUCAGUCUGAACGAGCAAGAGUCCAGACAGACUGGGAACCUGGAUGUGACUUCAUGUGGGACAAUGUAUCCUGCUGGCCAGCCGCAGUUAUUGGUGUCACUGUGGUACUUCCUUGCCCCAAGCUUCUGUUGCCAUAUGGGGACAAACCAGGGAAUGUGAGCAGGGAUUGCACCGAUGAAGGUUGGACUGAGAUGCUGCAGUCUUACACAGAGGCAUGUGGAAUCAACAUGAGCAACAUAGAGGAUGAUGUUGAGGGACUAUUUCUGCAGGCCGUGAAGAUAAGCUACACAGUUGGCCACAGUCUGUCUCUCCUGUUCCUCAGUGUGGCACUGAUCAUUCUGUGUUUCUUCAGAAAGCUCCACUGCACCAGGAACUAUAUCCACAUGAACCUGUUUGUUUCCUUCAUUAUGAGAGCCAUUGCUGUGUUUGUUAAGGAUGUGGUGCUGUUUGGCACUGACUUGGACCAGUGCACCCUAUCUACGAGGGUGACUGGACCCCACAUGAAGGACAGCUUCAGAGCAGUCUCUGGCCUCCCCCGCACAUGUGGUGAAGAGCUCAAUGGUGCUCCACUGCUGAUCACUGUCAGUUGGACACUUGCCAUGCUGCACUAUGAUAAUAUCGGGUGCUGGGAUUCAAUUGACUCUCCAUAUUUUUGGAUUAUUAAGGCUCCGAUUUCUCUGACUAUUCUGGUGAACUUCAUUCUGUUCAUCUCCAUCAUCCAGAUCCUCAUACAGAAAGUGUAUUCAUCGGACAACAGAGGAAGCGAGUACAGGCAGUACCUGAGACUGGCAAAGUCCACUUUACUGCUCAUCCCACUGUUUGGGGUAAACUACGUUAUCUUUGUCUUUGUUCCUGACCAUCUGAAUGUCUACUUCCGGUUGGUGUUUGACCUUGUUCUGGGAUCCUUCCAGGGUUUCAUUGUUGCAAUCCUCUACUGUUUUUUGAAUGGAGAGGUACAAAUGGAGCUAGGCCGAAAAUGGCGGCGAUGGUGCACUCAGUGGUACCUCUCAGCUGAUUCAAGGUACUGUCCCCCUUCCAUGGAGAGUCACGCCACAAAAGAAGGCACACAGCUCUCCAUGGUGUCCUGUUACAACUCCCAAGUCCAAGCUGCCAACAGCGACCAAGCUGAUUCAACCAUCGCCUGAGAAUAUUGAGGUGAAAGGACAGUUGGAUUUUUGUGCUAA